UAAAAGGGAAAAAGGAAUAUACAAAUAAACUGUAUUUUCUGUUUUUUAAAUCAAAACGGGAAAACUGAAUAAUCCAGUUGCUUGUUUUGUUUGCGUGAUAUUUAGAUAAAACCGCAAUGAAUGCCGGGAAAAGGGCACGCGGAUUUAAAGAAAAUACAUAUAAAGACGUGUUACGGGUGAACAUAAUAUUGUGUAUUAUGCUGGGUUGUGCUGCUCUGCCUCCAUGUCCCAUAGUAGGAGGAGACUGGGCGUUACCUUCGGAAGCACUGAUUGAUGAAAGGCCGGCCUUCCCAAGUAUAAAAGCCUGCCUACUUCAAGAUGGCUCCCUCUCUCUCUCAGCCUCGACAUGGCAGACGCUGGCCGGUCGCACGCUUUUGUUUUGGUUAAAUUAGAAGUCGUUUGUUAAACUGGUCUGUAUUAAUUGUGAUCUUUGUUGAUCUUUGAUCUAGGAGCGGUUGCGUUUUUUCUUCUGUUUUAGUGGCAACCGUCUCGCAUUUUUUCUGUUAAGCAAGUUUUGGCUCUUUUGGGAAAUAAACAGAACACUAUUCUUUCCCAAAAAUCUGUUUCAUUUUUCGUUAUUAUGUUAACUGCUCACACGUUUGAUGUGGGCCCGUAACAUAAAUGGGGGCUCGUCCGGGAUUGAAUAUGUUUUGCGUGUUUAUCCCAGGGAUUGCGCAUUUAAAUUGUCUUUUUUGGGGAAACGUUUUUACUGCGUCCGUGCAUUUGUUUACCCUUUUGACGCGUUAUGGGGAUUGCGUUUUUGACCCAGUAUUUCGAUUUUUCCCAGUGUGCCAGGCUAACAGCCCUGUCUGUCAUUUUUCUCGCUUUUUGUGAAUUUUUUACCGGCCUAAUCUGCUGCUUUUUCGCCAUGUUCGAUUUAGACGAGUUUAUUAAAUCUCCAACUCCCGACGCCUUCUCUGCCGCGACGCGGGAUGAUCUGGUCAAAGUUGCAGGUCAUUAUAGAAUAGAGGUUCAGGGUAGGCCAUCUAAAGCAGAGCUUUUAGAUAGUCUUACGGAGGCUUUGGGCCGUCUCGGUAUAUUUACAGACGUAAAGCCCCCGGCUGCCCCUGAUCCUCCAAUCACACCUACGCUCACCAAAGCGGCAGUCGAGCUCCGUCGAUUGGAGUUGCGAGAAAAGGAGAUUGAAUGGGAGCGAGAAAGAACACUACUCGAAGCAGACAGACAGAUGGUACAAGAGCGUGAGAAGAGAGACCACGAGCUUAGAAUGCGAGAUAUGGAACUCGCCCAAGCCAUUCGAUUAAAAUAAUUGGAUUUAAAAGCUUGUGAAUCUGGCAUUUCAAGCCAGCCUUUUGAUGUCACUCGUAAUAUAAGACUUGUCCCACCUUUUAACGAAAAGGAUGUGCAUAAGUUCUUUGCUCAUUUUGAGAGAGUCGCUACGGUUUUGAAAUGGCCACCAGAUGUGUGGUCCAUGACGUUGCAGUGCGUUUUUGUGGGUAAAGCGCAUCAGGCUUACUCGUCCCUGUCGUUAGAGGAUGCCGCUGAUUAUGAAAAAGUAAAACAAUCAGUUUUGCGAGUUUAUUCACUUGUUCCUGAAGCGUACAGACAGAAGUUUCGCAACUACCAAAAGUCUGAGUCGCUCACGCACGUCGAGUUCAGGCGGGAGAAAGUUAUUGUUUGAUCGUUGGCUUAGCUCUCAGAAGAUAACAACAUUUGAGGACCUUCGUGAUAUAAUGAUUCUGGAGGACUUUAAAAACUGUCUCCCGAAAAGUGUUGCCACGUUCGUCAGUGAGCACAAAGACUUGACAGCAUCCAGCGCAGCGGUGCUGGCUGAUUACGUGCUGGCGCAUAGGGGCGCGAGCUCUGGUCCUGUGAACUUUCAGCAGAACCGCAACUAUAAUUUAAGAGGUUCUCCUAGGCCUUUUAAUGACGCUGCAGCAGCAAGCACUCCAACUUCGGAGCAUAGAGGAGUGACUGGCCCUAAAAAUUAUGUCCCGGUCUGUGGAUAUUGUAAAAAACGUGGCCACCUGAUUCCCGACUGUUAUUUGCUAAAAAAGUAAAAACAAGUCUAACCCCACAGCUUCAUCUAGGACUGAAUCUGGUUUGGGUCUAUGUGUUUCGACACUUCCUUUGACGUCUCGGAAAGACGAGAGUAUUUCUCAGGCUUUUGCACCAUUUAUUAUGGACGGUUUUGUCACUUUGCUCGAAGAGCCUAAUGCACGCAUUCCUAUUAAAACACUUCGCGACACGGCUGCGUCGCAGAGUUUCAUCUUAGAGAAUGUCCUGCCUUUCAGUGAAAAGUUCACGUUGGUGCGAGUGUCUUAGUCCAGGGUUUUGAUAUGGGAUUUGUGAAUGUGCCCCUACAUGAGAUUUCACUCUCUUCUGACUUGGUCACCGGCACUGUAAAAGUGGGCGUACGCCCCUCUCUCCCUAUUGCGAACGUAUCGUUCUUGCUUGGGAAUGAUUUGGCAGGUGGGAAGGUAUUUCCUAACCCUGUUGUAACCCAUAACCCUGUUGUGACUACGGCUUCUCAAAGUGUAUGUCCUGACGAUGUGGCUGUGAAAUACCCAGAGGUUUUUCACGCCACUGUUGUUAUGCGCGCCAUGGCGCAAACAGCCAAAGAGACCCCUGUUCGUGAACGCAGGGAUGAGUUUUCCGAUCUCUAUGAUACCUUUAUUGCUCAUCCCAUGUCGUCUGCUAGUGGUAAAACGUCUGUGAAGUCGGCUCCACUAUCUACGAUUCCUUGCGUUCCUAAAUUGUCUCCCAGUCGCGAACAACUCAUGUGCGAACAAAAAAACGAUCCCUCUCUCUCUACUCUAUUGGCGGAGGCUGUCUCGGAGAAAGACAUUGAAUCUGUGCCUCAGGGUUAUUUUAUUCGUGAGGGGGUCUUGUUGCGCAAAUGGAGGCCGCUUGUGGCUUCUGCUGCGGAUGAGUGGCGUGUGCUGAAUCAGAUUGUCGUCCCGAUGCCGUAUCGAGAUGAAAUCUUACGCCUUUCUCAUGAUCCCCAUUUCGCAGGUCAUUUAGGUAUCAAUAAAACAUCCGAUCGCAUUUUGCGCCAUUUCUUUUGGCCCGGUCUCAAGAGCGACGUUGCGAGACACUGCAAAACAUGUCACGUAUGCCAGGUUACGGGAAAGCCUAAUCAGCUGAUUCCUUCCUCAGAUCGUCCGUCUGCGAGUGGACGAUCUGAAACUAAAUCGGAAACUAGAUUUCUUCUUCGAAGGUUGUGCUCCACACAGAACCUCCUCACCGUCAUAACGGAGCAUUUCGGGGCACCAGAUUGCUUUAGAGCGGUACUGAUCGCGUCGUGUGUCUUUCCAGUGUCAAAUAGUUCACGAAUAAAAUCACCAUAAGGUUCAAGUGCGGCCAUAACUAAGGCUAAAUAAGACUAUUGCUGGUUUAGGUGGUUGGCUCUUUUUUCUUCGCUGCGUUCUGCCUUCUGGUGUAGCCUAUAACUAUAAAUGUAUCUAUUUUAGUUUUUCUGUUUUGGGUUUAAAAAACAAACACACAAAACACACAAACACAAAUAAAAUGCAGAUUAUUUGUUUAUUCCUUUUGCCCUUUUCCGAUUCAAAACAAAAACAGAAAAAAACAAAAACCUACUGAUUUAAAUCUGAAUAUUCAAAGAACGAACCAUACACGGAUUGACUGUUAUUUGUAUUUUCUGGUUUUGUUUUGAAUUGGAAUAUUCAAAGAACGAACCAUGCACGGAUUAUUUUUGGUCCGUGUAUAUUUUGGUAAUUGGAUUUUCCCUUUAUGAAUGGGAAUUACAAAACAAAAAACGACUGGUUUAUUUGACUUUCGUUUUGAAGCCCAAAACCAACAAUUGAAUUACUCAGCAUUUUUCUUUCAUUUUCAUUUUUUAAUUACACUUUACAAAAUGUCAACAAGUCAACAAGUGUCAAAAUGUCAACAAGUCAACAGGGACGAAAAAACGGACCAAAAACAAGCAUUAUUCAUAUUCUCGCACCGGAAGUCAGACAGGAGCGCAUGGUCCGGGACUAUAAAGGAUAGCCUUAUGACGAUGACGGCAGCUGCGAGGAUGGAUCAGUAUAUUUUGUUCAGAAAGAACAAAAGAGUUUGUUUGCGCGACGAGGACAUGACCAUCCUCAAGUUAAGUCGGAUCUUUCAGGUAGGUAAAAAAAUACGACUACUACUACUAGCUUACUACCACUAGCCUACUACUAAUAAUUAUAAUGAUAGUAAUAUCAGAGCCACUAGCCUAACUUAGCCUACUGUGCUCGUCAUGGUAGCUCUUUUUUUUUCAACUUCAAAUAUAGAAAUAAUGAAAUGUUUGGCCAGUUAGUUUGGAGCGCUAUCCUCAUAACCUUGAAUAAAUCAGGUUUUGAAAACGCCAUGAUACCUCUAAUAUUAGGCCUAGCUGGCUAAUGUUAUUUAACUUGUGUAUUUUUUAGGUCUCAAGUGACAGUCUGUAUCUAACAGACGACUCCAAUGUGGCUAUAUUUGCUGGAGAGUCGUCGGGCGUUUUCAGCUCACUAGACCUGAGUCCAAGGGGGCAUUAUGAAGUACACGGCGAGGACGAUGUCGCCCCAGGGUCAAGCACAACGGGGUAACGCUUUGCCUUCUCAAGACGUUCCAGUACAGUUACCAGUGGUUCACUGCAGGGUGCCUCAGCUGCUCUCCCCAGAGCCACUUCCAAAAUAUUUCAAAGGUCAGUGUACCUUGCUGAGGUGGUUGGUGGGAAGCUGAAUCCUAGCAGAAUGGUGAUGGUGAGGUUUGCAGAGUGCGAGGCUUCUCUUCAGGGGAUUGCCACCAAAGUACAGGAUGCCAUUGGAAGUCAUGAGCCUUUAAUACUGACUGAUGCACAGGGCAACGCCAUCGUGGAGUCAGAGGGAACAACAGGUGGGUAACGUAAAAAAAAAUGUUUCUGUUUUGAGUCUAUGCUUUUGAUUAUGAAUGAGUGAUCCACUUCAGCUGAAAUGUUUUCUCCUGGUUUCCACUCCUACUCCAAGGGUUGCCUUAUUGGAGACAAAAUGCAAGAAAGAUUGGUAACCCUUCCUUUUACAGUC